UGCUACUGGCGGUGGCGUUCGUGGUGGUGUCGUCUCCGUGGCUUUCCUCUCCGGUCGAUGCCUCCGUUUCCUACGACCACAAGGCUAUCAUCGUCAAUGGGCAGAGGAGAAUUCUAAUCUCCGGGUCCAUUCACUAUCCCAGGAGCACCCCGGAGAUGUGGCCGGAUCUCAUCCAGAAGGCUAAAGAUGGCGGCUUGGAUGUUAUCCAGACCUACGUGUUCUGGAACGGCCACGAGCCGUCCCCUGGCCAGUAUUAUUUUGGUGGUAAUUACGACCUGGUUCGCUUCAUCAAGCUGGUGAAGCAGGCCGGCCUCUAUGUUCAUCUCCGGAUUGGUCCUUAUGUUUGUGCCGAAUGGAACUUCGGGGGAUUUCCUGUCUGGCUAAAAUAUGUUCCUGGCAUCAAUUUCAGGACCGACAAUGAACCUUUCAAGGCGGCCAUGGCGAAGUUCACAGAGAAGAUUGUCGCCAUGAUGAAAUCUGAAGGAUUAUUCGAAUCACAGGGUGGUCCCAUUAUCCUCUCUCAGAUUGAAAAUGAAUAUGGUCCAAUGGAGACCUUUGGCGGAGCUGGAGCCAAGAACUACGUAAACUGGGCUGCUCAAAUGGCAGUGGGCCUCAACACCAGUGUGCCGUGGGUCAUGUGCAAGCAAGAUGAUGCACCUGAUCCAGUGAUCAAUGCCUGCAACGGGUUCUACUGUGAUUACUUCUCACCAAACAAGCCGUAUAAACCGACAAUGUGGACUGAAGCUUGGAGUGGCUGGUUCAGUGCUUUCGGAGCUCCAGUUCCUCACAGACCUGUUGAGGACUUGGCUUUUGCCGUUGCAAGGUUUAUACAGAAGGGUGGAUCCUUCGUUAACUACUAUAUGUACCAUGGAGGAACAAACUUCGGCAGGACGGCUGGUGGUCCCUUUAUUGCGACGACCUAUGACUAUGAUGCCCCAAUCGAUGAAUACGGUCUGUUAAGGCAACCGAAAUGGGGACAUCUGAGAGACCUGCAUAAAGCAAUCAAAUCGUGUGAACCAGCUCUCGUCUCUGGGGAUCCUACAGUGACAAACGUCGGAAAAUAUCAGACGGCGCAUGUAUACAGAUCCAAGUCAGGAGCUUGUGCUGCAUUCCUUUCUAAUUUCAACCGUGGUUCUUCUGCAAAUGUUACGUUCAACGGAAUGGAGUAUCAAAUUCCAGCUUGGUCCACCAGCAUUCUUCCAGACUGCAAAACCGCAGUGUUCAACACUGCAAAGGUAGGAGCUCCGACGUCGCAGAUUAAUAUGACUCGGGUUGGGGGAUUUUCUUGGGAGUCCUUCGGUGAGGAUACCCACUCACUACUGAGGGAUAAAUCAUUCUCAAAAGAUGGAUUGGUGGAGCAGAUAAGCAUGACGCGGGAUCGGACAGACUACCUGUGGUACACAACAGAUGUUAACAUAGACUCAAACGAACAAUUCUUGAAGAAUGGCCGAGACCCUCUCCUGACCGUGAUGUCGGCAGGUCAUUCUAUGCAUGUUUUCAUCAAUGGAGAACUGGCCGGGACUUUCUACGGUAGAUUUGGCAGUCCAAAGGUAAGAUUCACAGGAAAUGUGAAGUUGCGGGCAGGAAGCAACAAAAUCUCGAUUCUGAGUGUCGCUGUUGGUCUUCCUAAUAUUGGCCCCCACUUUGACACAUGGAAUGCUGGUGUUCUUGGUCCAGUGACCCUGGAAGGUCUCAAUGAAGGAAAGAGAAACCUUUCAUCACAGAAAUGGAUUUACCAGAUCGGCCUUAGAGGUGAAUCCCUGAGCAUCUAUACACUUAGUGGCAGUUCUUCAGUUAAGUGGGGGGGUGCAUCUACAAGGCAGCCCUUGACUUGGUACAAGGCUUUCUUUAAUGCUCCAGCUGGGAACGAGCCAUUGGCAUUAGACAUGAGUAGCAUGGGCAAAGGUCAGAUAUGGAUCAAUGGACAAAGCAUUGGCAGACACUGGCCUGCUUAUAAGGCAAAUGGGGUUUGUGAUUUGUGUGAUUACAAAGGGACAUACAGAAAGAUGAAAUGUCAGACUGACUGUGGGGAGCCUUCUCAAAAAUGGUAUCAUGUCCCUCGCGACUGGCUGAACCCUACAGGAAACUUGUUGGUUGUGUUUGAAGAGUGGGGUGGUGAUCCAACUGGGAUUUCUUUGGUGAAAAGAGUAGCGCUAUGAAGAAGCUUGUUGUCAAAACCAUCUGCAGAUGAUAACCAUAGAUGGUAGACCAAGUAAAGAAAAUGUACUAAUAUCAAUUUAUAGAAACCAAAGUUGAGUGAUUGGUGGAGAUGCAGGAACGGCACA